AUGGAGCCUCCACCAGGCAUUGCUUUCGCACAAGACAUCGAGUGGGUGUCCAAGGAACCUGCCUUGGUUGUCUGGACCGAUCCCGGACGUUCAGAGAUCUCCUCGCUUGGAUUGCCAUGUCCUACUGGAACACCUACGCUGCUGACUCUUUGGCUCGGCAAGGACACCUCGAGAGGGCUAUACAUUUUGCUGCAUCUUCGUAUUACUAUUCGAGUCUCAAAACGUCGGAAGACCUUCGACCAUUUCCUGCUCCCCUCUCAAGAUACCUGUGCGACCGAGAGCUCUUCUGUUGUCAACUUGGACAAUGCUCCAGAGAAUAUUAGGCAGUGUCUGAAAGAAGCGUAUGGAAACUCGUCUACGAAAAAAUGUCUUCGUGUUCCGUUUCGUCAACCCAAGCGAGGUCGUGUCUUGAUGCCAACUGCGCCAGAGAAUGUACCAUGCCUNGGGGGAACUGCUUUACACCUGUUAACUUUGCUUCGUUCGCUUUCCUGUGCGCACAGUCUCGACAUAUUCGUUGGUCACAGCAGUUAUGCUCAACAGGCUUUGAUGAACUUCGAAGGCGACGUUUCUGUCGGCGAAGCGAGUGUCGACCUGCCUCGCUCCUACAGCGAGAAAGGNGGCGUGUUUGACGACUGGCGCCGGGUCGGUGAACAAUCUAAUGGCUGUUCGAAUCCCCAGAAAGAUCUGUCCCCAAGCCGAGAAGAUCCGGAGAACAGCUACGAAGGCGCCAAGAAUAUCAAUUGCGCAAGAACCCCUGAAGUUCCUGUAAACCAUGUCCUAGAAGAAGAAGAAAUCGAGCGUUUACAGCCAACAUAUUCACCACCCCCUUAUUCUCCGCCGCUCCAAAACACCCUACCCGCAACGCCAAAGGACACUCGUGUGCCUCUGAAACGGCCUCGCGGUAAGUCAACCCCUCAAUGUUUGCUCUCGCGUAGCGACGUAGCAUACUACCCUGAUACCGAAUCGCCGCCUACGAAAUCAGCGAGAUCGCACCCUAUCUCAAAGCCUUGUUCGCCAACCCUUAACGAUACUUCUGACGUUGUACAUGACACGAUACUAUCCCUCUCGCUGGAGCAAGCAUUAUACUCGCCUACAGUGGUCAACACCCCAAGCACUAUAGAAGUCUUACAUACGAUUCAUUCCGAGCCCCAUACACCCACCGUCGCUACCAAGGAUGAAGGAGAUGGCGCCUCUACUGGCCCUCUGCUGAGCAUUCAGGGAGACACGUCUCCUUCGGCUAUUUCGACUUCAGACCGGUCCGAAACGCCUGGUAUCAAGCCUACAAUCUUUAAGAAAAGACAUGAGCUUCCUAGAUACUCGCCUAAAGCAGAAGAUGUGGCGUCUCAAACAGACCAAGAGCACCUCUCGAUGAAAGUCGUCAGGAGUUUCACAUCAGCUCACGAAUCUUGGGACGUAAUCUCACCAAGAUCUGUCAUACGGUCGUUGAACAAAGAACUUCGUACGCUGAUCUCUGCUCAAGUACCACUGCUUACCGAGCAAGCUUUGCAGCGCGUAAUGGAAGACCUUCUAGACUCGCUCGAAUACAGCCAAAAAGUCGCAGAAAACGGAUUGCAAGAAACCUUCGAUAACCUGAAGGUUGAGCUACAGCUUGAAACAGAGAAGGGUGUUGAGGAACUCGACGAGCAUGCGGGAGAUACCCUUACUGAUGUCAAAGAUCAGAUGGAGGAUCUGGCAAGUGGUCAUCUGCUGGCUUUUGAAGAUAUGCUGCAACGGACUGGGGAGCAGCUGAAGCAAAGUCUCAGGGCUUUCUUGGAGGUUCUUGCUAAAGCGGUAGCGAUGAAUAAACAUGACGACCGAACAGCCAAUAAUGACACGAUUUCGACGCAAUGUCGAGACCAGCAACCCGCAGUCUCGUGUGGUAAACACUCACCGGUCGCGCCAGACAUUGCAGCUUCGCCAGCGGCUGCUGCCACGAAGCUCUUUCUACACGAGUUCGGCGACCUUUGCAUGACUGCGAAGGUGAAAGUUCUUGAUAGACUUGCGAGUCACAAUACAGCAGAGGUGUUCUUGACCGUCGAUAAAGAGCUUCGCGAAGCUUGGAUUGCUAGCUGGACUGGACAGACUCUACCCUGA